AUGAGUCAUGUUGGUGAGCUUAAUUACUUCUUAGGUCUUCAAAUCAAACAACACCAUGAUGGGAUCUUUGUUUCUCAAUCCAAAUAUGCAAAAAAUCUUGUGAAAAAAUUUGGUUUGGAGGCUGCAAAAUCUGCAAGAACUCCAAUGAGCAUUAGUACUAAAAUUCAUAGAGACUUGCAUGGGAAAAGUGUCAACCAAACUCUCUAUAGAAGCAUGAUAGGAAGCCUUCUCUACUUGACUGCUAGUAGACCUGGCAUUUCUUAUAGUGUAAAAGUUUGUGCUAGGUUCCAAAGUGAUCCCAAAGAGUCUCAUUUGUUUGCUGUCAAAAGAAUCAUAAAAUAUGUGAGUGAAACCAUUGACUUUGGCUUGUGGUAUACCUAUGACACUAGUGUCAAUCUUGUUGGGUAUAGUGAUGCUGAUUGGGCUGGGUGUAGUAAUGAUAGGAAGAGUACUUCUGGAGGAGUCCUUUAUGUUGGCAACAAUGUUGUUGCUUGA